AUGAGGUGUUCAUGAAGUUGGUGUCACUGAACAGUACUCACCGCUCAGACUAUCGGCUGAAAGUGCAACAAAUAUAUACUCGACAUCACAUCCAAAGCCAUCUACUCGGCCGACGAGUCAUCAAUAUAUUCUACAAUAUUUGCACGUGUCUGGGCUUUACAUCCAUGUAUGCCGGGAUCGUGGCGUUCACUGAACUACACAUUGGAUUCACUAAUAAACUGAAUCCACAUUCAGACUACUCAAAGGAUUAUUGA